AUGCGUCACAUCAGUGACAUGGGCUACACUGUCGAUCGGUACCUACCGGACGAAGAACUGAGGGCGAGCACCGGCCCUAUCGACAGCCUACAAUUCGGAGACCAUGGUCAGUACGUGGAAGACUUGAAGGCUAUCCUCUACCCGCUCGCAUUGAAACCAAACUCGGCCGGGAAGUUCCCCAUCCUUGAGAUCCGUGCAUCCAAUCCGGCCGGACUCUGGAGCAGCAACUCCGCUGUCCCCCCGAACAUGGUGCUGGAAAGUAGCAUCGCCGCGAACGGCCAACCAUUCGGGGAGCCUUUAUUCUCGGGGAUUCCGCAGGAAAGGCCCAGCCUGCAGCACAGCUACUUCUGGGAUGUCAAGGAUGCGAGCAUCGAUGGGGACUCGGAAGAGCAGAACAUGGUCCGAGCCUUUUCCCAAUACUGUCAGAGGCGAUACCAAGAUAUGCGUUGGUUUGACGAAGACUCGAAGACGAUUGUCUAUCUAUACGUCAGUCAGGAUGGCCUCGAAAGCAGCCCCGAAAGCGGCCCCGAAAGCACCAGUCCAGCAGGCUCUCCGGGCUCGUCCGAGAACUCGGGGCCGCACGUCAGAUCAGCCGAAGACUCUAUUCCCCCGGGAACUGAGUCCAAGAUUCCGACCACCAUGAGAACUGAUGCCGACCUAGCCGCGAUUUUGCCGGAUUUACAGUUCUGGGCGAGCUCACACAAACCGAAACGUCCAAAUCAAGUUCUAUCGUUUGAGCAUGGGACAGAGCCGGAGAAGGAAUAUCAGAUCAGAGGGGACCAAAAGACCUCGUCGUUGACGAACCCAGAGGGUGAGGCGGAUCAGUGA